AUGAGUUUAAAUGUGCAGGAAAAAUUAUCAAAGGUGUUACCUUCAAGAAAGAUAUAUGCUAUAUUUAAUGAUGAUAGUGAGGACAGUAAGGACAAUUGUAUUUAUUGUAAAAUAGAUGAUGCAUUUAAGAAUACUUAUGAUGGGCUUGAAGUCUUUUGUAAAAAAUUUGAGAAGAGCUUAAAACAUAUUUUUGAUCUCAAUGUAAAUACUGCAGCUGGGAGUACUAAUGGACCUGCAGAAAAGGAUACACCUGAAGAAAUUGAUAAUUUUAAGGAUAAUUGUUUGUUCCUGAAAUAUUGGGUAUUUCAUGAAAUAAAUAAAAUGAAGAAUAAGUGGAUGAAUUUAAAUAUCAUUCCCGUUAUAGAUAAACUAAAUUAUAUACAAUACCAUUUGAAUGCAAGUCGUAAAAUAAACGUUUGUUAUAAUAAUUAUAAUGAAUAUAUAAAUUAUUCGGAAGAAGAAAAAGUUCUAUACGAAUAUUUUAAAGAUUUUGAUGCUAUAAAAAAUUAUAUUAACUCUGUAAAUAAUAAAGACCAUUUUCUUGAUUACAUUAAUAAAAUUAAAAAAUUUACAAGAAAAAAAGACGAAGAGCAUUGUUGUCAUAUAAAUUAUCCCCUUUGUUAUAGUUAUUUCCAGUGCCAUCCAAAAUAUGAUCCAGAUAAUCUUUUACAUUUGUUGAAUAGUAAAGUUGAAAAGCCUACUCCAAUAGAAUCAGGUAAAAUUGGAUCAAAUAAUGAUACAGGAAAAACAACUAAACCAGGCAAAAAAGAAUAUAGAACUACAAUUCACAACGUUAAAUGUUUAAUAAAUUAUGGUGCCAGGAAUGAAGGUUAUGCAUUUGUAUCAUGCUAUAAUAUAGGAAAAGGUUACCCAAACGUUGAACAUAUAUUUACACCUACAGAAGAAGAAAUAAAAAAGGCUUCUGAAGAAACUCAAAACCAUAAUAACGUCAGUAAAGAUAAAGAACAAAAAGGAUCUCAGAUUUUAUAUAAUGAUGAUUUAAAAUCACAAUCUGAAGCAUCAAAUACAGGAGGAACUGUUGUUAAAACUACAUCACCAAAAAUAGGAAUACCAGAGUCAUUAAGGGGUUACACUUUUUUAGGUGAAUACGUAAGAAGGAAUGCAGGAGAGAAAUAUGGAAAAUAUCAGUUAGGUCGUAGUGUAGCACAGCUAUUUUCAGGUAUAGGAAAUACCCACAAUAGGGGAAAUACUGAAGUUAAUGUAAAUUGUUCGAAUUCAAGAAUCGAAAAAGGGAAUUUAAAAUGUAUUAACUUAGAAGAUGAGAAUGAAAAAUACAAAUACGAGAAUGAAAUAAUAAAAAGAAGUAAUUCAAGUUCAGAAGAUGUUAAUACAGGUGUGUUUAAUGAGGAAUCCCAAUAUAAUUUAUUGGACACUGAAUAUUUUCGUAUUGCAAGCGUAGCAACUUUGUUCUUAGGAUUUAUUUUUGUUUUUUUCUUAUAUUUUAAGGUAUAUACUAAUUACAUUUCAAAAUAUAAGCAUGCCUUAUUUUCCAAAAACUAUAUUUGUAAUGAAUUAUGA